AUGGACAGCUUUAUGUUACUUGAAAAAAUACCAAUACACACCUAUGAUUCCCUCGUGUCAUAUCUAACAAAUGGAACCCGAGUCACAUACUUUUUCAAUACGACAACCUGCCAACCAAUUUCAUCUACAUCUACUAUAGACUUACCUAUAUUCGGUGGUGAAAUUAAGUUCUUUUUAACGUCAAAGAGUCCAGAAGGUGCUGCUGUGCAGCUAAUUUUCAACCACGAAGUAGUAGAAUAUGGCAAGAAAGUAUUAAACGUAGACCUGUAUUCUAUGUAUAUAAUAGAUGAUACUUUACUUAUGAUGUAUGGCAAACCAGGUUUCUUUGCUAACAACACUGACAAUAUAAAGGGUGUUAUCUGCAAAUGGCCCAUUGGUAGUUGCAAUUUUUGGGUAAAUGAACCUGCUACACCAAAACAUCUCAGUUCAUACGAUGAUAUCCAGAAGAUCGUGGUAGGUGGAGAUCUUGUUCGAUUUGUUAUUACAACCAGGGGAUGUAAAUGCCCGCCUGGAGAAGACUGUGGAGAUGCUUAUGUCGGAGGAGACAUGAAGGAUUUUAAGAUUACAAAAGAAGGGACUAUCAGCUUCUCAAAAUCUAUGAUAUUGUUUUUUCCUAUUCCAACGAGUCCAAUGUAUUAUCGGGAGGUCUUCGUCGGCAAUGUUCAUCCAAACAAUACAUUAACAUUUCUGUUGUCGUAUGUGGAUGCAACAACAUGGGAAAUAGAAAAUGGUGUGACUAUGGCGUGUCCAAUAGACACUACACCAGGACAUGCAGAUUUCUAUCUUAGUAGUGAAUAAUAUAGUAGAUUAUACUAGUAAACCAAU